CCCGCUGUCAUUUUCUUAGAUCGAGAAUUGAUUACUGUAGCUAGUCUCAACCAUAUAUGUCGUUGGAGUUGUCCAUAUUAUUUUAAUUUACGAUACAAGCAGCAACCGGUUAUGGGUGCAAUUGACUGCGUUUGGUGAGGGCGACCUGUUCGCCGGGCUUCGCCAUAUCCUCCAGGACACGGAGGAUAUGGAAGCCGUCUUCGAAGAGGGCGCAUUCGACAUUAUCCUGCCCAGCGAUGAUACGUGGAGGGACAAGUGUUAUUAUAAACUGGUGGAAAAACAAAGGGCUUUGGCAGAGAGGAAUGAAGACGAGGAAGAUGAAGACAGAAUUAUGUAUGACCAGCUUAUGUACGAGGACGAGAAACCUAAGCUACACGAAUGGAAUCUGAUCAACAGACCUAAACAGGUAAUUUGCGAAGCCCUAUCGGACAGAGUAAAAAAGAAGCCAAAAAGGCCAAGCAAGCCCCCAAUCACUUGGACUGUGAGUGACAUAGCAAAAGCUGGAUGUCUACUAUGUUGCCCUCCGAAGGAAACCUCAUUUGAAGAUGAACAGGAAAUGAGGAGAGUGUAUUCUUUGAUCUACGAUGUCUUCAGGUAUAAGUAUGUCCUAAAUCAGGCCUUAAGUGAUGUGCGGUUCUACAAAGCCUUUCCAAACUUGGUAAAUUCCGCUCCUCACGUAUGGUUACUCCUCUUCGACCUGUAUCAUCGACAGUUCCAAGGCAGGAUCGAAGCUGACGCAGCUUUGGCCGCGAAGCUCUUCCCUGACAUCGGUUUGACCUUGGUGGAAAACGCCCUCUGGACGAAGAGGGUCAAACUUGCGGCCGCAGUGGCCAGGCUUAGGAUCAAACAUAACGCGUUGGAAUUGUCCGAAAUGUUACCCGAACAUUUGAGGAACGAAAAGGUAAUAGAGUUCUCGAAAACCAACCCAGUGACAUGUUGGGUUAACUGCUACAAAGUGAACGACACCCAACAGCUCUGCAAAGACAUCGAAAGUAAGUUCAACUUGAAGAUGGUGGUGGAUUCUAAGGAAUUGAAGGAACAUACGUUCGUAUGGGAUAGACACUGUCCGCAAAUAAUAGGGUUCCAUUCUUCCAUGAGAGAUAAAGUAGCGAAGAGUGAUUUCGUUAAAGAGCAUAAGCUUAUCGUGCAGGACAAGUCAUUUUGUUUGGGACCGGCGACGUUCUAUAAGCUGGUAGUUGACCUGGAGCUGACCGGUAGCGUAAUCCAGAGCCACGUUAACUCACCACGAACCACUGCAUAUUUGGCGACUUUAUUGGCCAGAAAUGAACGGAUCAAACGUUUGAUGGCGUUCAGUGCCGGAAACAGAAAAAACGAAUACGAGCGAUACUUUAAAGACCUCGGUAUGACAAACGUCGUCAUAUUUUCUGACAGACUGAUUGAUACACCGCCAGAUGCCAGUUACAUGGAAGAAGUUGUUGCUGUAUUUGCCACACCUCCAAACAGCUAUUCAGCUGUUGUUGAUCCGAUUGAUUUGGUUUGUAGCCGUGGUGGAGAUUUAUCCAUGCUAGAAGUACUUACUGAGUCUGGAGAGACGAAAGAAGCUAAACAAAGAGUGUCGAAUAUUUUGGAUGAGCAGAAGAAGACGCUCAGAUUUGCCAUGUCUAGGCCCCAGAUACAAUUUGUCCUUUACGAGACUCACUCAGCGCUGGACGUGGAAAACACAAGAAUGGUGGAAAAAGCUAUGACAGAAAUAAACAAGGUUGCCAAAUUGCAUCACGCCGCUCUUCAAGGAUCACUGUUUAAUACGAGUCAAGAGGAAAAGGAUUCUAAUGAAAUAAAUAACAAUGAGAAUGGAGACAAAGAAAAGAUAGAGCCCAACGUAAUACCUCUGAAAGAAGUAGUUUCAAGCGACUCACAAUUAUCCGAAUCAGAAAAGGAAAAUAGUGGAAGCCUGUUGGACAAAGUACAGGUACCCGAUACGGACGUUUUUGAUACGUCAAGUCUGCCAAGGUUAUGCCCCAGUCAGAAGUGCAGAAACUUCGAAAAAGAAGGAUGUUACCUAGCUCUUAUACAAAGAAAGCAAGUAAUAAGACUAGACGACAAGUACAUGAUCCAAAUGGCGGAACACCGAGGUCUGUUCGGUAGCAACACGACGACCGCCUCACAAAAAUCGAAAUCUGGCCGACCUUUAGUGAAGAAAAAAGAGCAGAAACAAGAUACUGUGGAAAAACCGAGGAAAAAACUGAGAGAUGUCGAGAUCGACAGAAUAGCCGCACCGACUCAUACUUUUCUGAGACACAGCCAACAGACGAACAUCGAAUGUUGUCAUAAGCUAGAAACGAUUGAGGAAGACGCUAGAGUUCAAUCGAGCUUGUAUAGGCAAUGGUGGAAGGAGACUACCAGACAUAUAAGAGAUUUGAAGAAAAAUCUGGUAAAAAAGAAGAUCGUGCCUGUUCAUGACAUGCCGAAUACGAAUGUCAAAAGCGUAGUGGACAGUUGGAAUCAUUUGUACAGGGUUGACGAAAUCGUAAAACACGCAAAUGUGAAGAACAGAAUUCCAGUGUAUCCUAAACUGAAAUUAAAAAGGAUAGCGAAAUCAGUGAAAGUUCAAGUGCCGUUGACUGUCACAUCUGUGGAGUUUUUACCAGCAGAAUCGAUUUACUAUAUGUGAAGUAGCCUUUACAGGUUAUCGUGUUUGAUUUGAGUGUGAUGCUAACUUGUGAUUUACUGUAAGGGACCUGUUGAGUAUUCAAGUUUACUGACAAAUAUAUAUUUUUGCUCAAUU